AUAAAUACUGCCCGAACGUAUAUGGAGUAAUAAUAUACGCAUUAUUAUGAUUAUUACGUAACGCCAGAUCAAAGUUUUAAUUUUCAUGAACUCUGUUGUGCUUAGGGCGGGAAGCUAGAAGAAAUUGCCUCUUUCUCAACUACGGCGUAUGACGUUUCUCUCUCCCCUUGUUUUUAAAAUUGGUGUACAUAUUACUCCGUACUACAUAAACACGGCUUUCUCUCUCUAGGGCUUGUAGUUAUGAUUUUGAAAGUUUAAACCCCGAAACUUGAUUCCCAACUGAAAGGAGGCAUAGCUGAAAGAAGGAGAUGACGCUGCAGAAAGGCUCGAAGGUUUGGGUUGAAGACAAGUGUUCCGCUUGGAUUGCUGCUGAAGUGACUGAACUUAUUGGCAAACAAUUUCAGGUGCUUACUGAAAAUGGGAAAAAAGUAUUGGCUUUACCGGAGAAUCUGCUUCCCAGAGAUGUGGAAGAAGAUUACGGAGGAGUGGAUGAUAUGACCAAGUUGACAUAUUUGAACGAACCUGGAGUGCUCCACAAUCUUCAUAGAAGAUAUGUUCUUAAUGAAAUUUAUACUUACACUGGAAGCAUCCUAAUUGCUGUAAAUCCCUUUACAAAACUUCCCCAUCUAUAUAAUAUGCAUAUGAUGGAGCAAUAUAAAGGAGCUCCCUUCGGUGAACUUAGCCCUCAUGUUUUUGCUGUGGCUGAUGCAUCUUACAGAGCUAUGAUGUCUGAGGGCCAAAGCCAGUCGAUAUUGGUAAGUGGGGAAAGUGGAGCUGGAAAGACAGAGACAACAAAAUUGAUCAUGCAGUAUCUUACAUAUGUUGGUGGUCGUGCUGCUAUUAAUGAGCAGACAGUGGAACAACAAGUUCUUGAGUCUAAUCCGCUACUGGAGGCCUUUGGAAAUGCUCGGACGGUUAGAAAUGACAAUUCAAGCCGCUUUGGAAAGUUUGUUGAGAUCCAAUUCGAUGCAAGUGGUAGAAUAUCGGGAGCUGCAAUUAGAACGUACCUUCUGGAGCGAUCUCGUGUCGUCCAGAUUACAGAAUCCGAGAGAAAUUAUCACUGCUUUUAUCAGUUGUGUGCAUCUGGGAAGGAUGCCGAGAAGUACAAAUUGAGCCAUCCUAGCCAUUUUCACUACUUGAAUCAGAGUAAGACCUAUGACUUGGAUGGGGUCAGCAAUGCAGAGGAAUAUGUGAAGACUCGUAGGGCAAUGGAUAUCGUUGGAAUCAGUAAUGAGGAGCAGGAAGCAAUAUUUCGGACAUUAGCGGCAAUUUUACAUCUUGGAAAUAUAGAGUUUUCCCCAGGAAAAGAGCAUGACUCAUCAGCUAUAAAUGACCAGAAGUCUAACUUUCAUCUGGAGAUGGCCGCAAAUCUACUUAUGUGUGAUUUGAAGUUGUUGGUGACUUCGCUUUGUACUCGAUCGAUUCAAACUCUGGAAGGGAUAAUAAUUAAGGCUCUUGAUUGCGAUGCUGCUGCUGCAGGGCGAGAUGUUUUAGCCAAGACUAUAUAUGCUCAAUUAUUCGAUUGGCUUGUUGAGAAGAUCAACAGAUCUGUUGGGCAAGACCAUAAAUCAAGGAUAAAAAUUGGGGUUCUUGACAUAUAUGGAUUUGAGUGCUUUGUUCAUAACAGCUUUGAACAGUUCUGCAUCAACUUCGCAAAUGAAAAGCUUCAACAACACUUCAAUGAGCAUGUAUUCAAGAUGGAGCAGGAGGAAUAUCAGAAAGAAGAAAUUAAUUGGAGCUACAUUGAAUUUAUAGACAACCAAGAUGUAUUGGAUCUCAUAGAGAAGAAGCCACUCGGCAUAAUUGCUUUACUGGAUGAAGCUUGCAUGUUUCCUAAAUCAACACAUCAGACAUUUUCAAACAAGCUAUUCCAAAAUUUCCGUGGCCAUACUCGACUUGAAAGAGCGAAGUUUUCUGAAACAGAUUUCACUCUCUCUCAUUAUGCUGGCAAGGUUACAUAUAAGACUGAGACAUUCUUAGAUAAAAAUCGUGAUUACAUUGUUGUAGAGCAUCGCAAUUUAUUAUAUUCUUCAAAGUGCCCAUUUGUUGCUGGUCUCUUCCCUCCAUUGGGAGAAGAAUCUUCAAGAUCUUCCUACAAGUUUUCAUCUGUGGCUUCUCGGUUUAAGCAACAACUUCAAGCUCUUAUGGAAACACUCAGUUCAACAGAACCUCAUUACAUUCGUUGUGUCAAGCCAAACUCACUAAAUCGUGCCCAGAAGUUUGAAAAGAAAAGCAUUUUACAUCAACUCCGUUGUGGGGGUGUUUUGGAAGCUGUGCGUAUAAGUUUGGCAGGUUAUCCUACAAGGAGGACUUAUCCUGAAUUUGUAGACAGAUUUGGAAUUAUUGCCCUAGAAAUGUUGGAUGGGUGUUCUGAUGAAAGGAGAAUCACGGAGAAGAUUCUACGGAAACUCAAGCUUGAUAAUUUUCAGUUGGGAAAGACAAAGGUGUUUCUUAGAGCUGGCCAGAUUGCUGUUUUAGAUUCAAGCCGUACUGGUGUCCUAGAUUCUGCAGCAAAGUGUAUACAACGGCGACUGAGGACUUAUCUUGCUUGCAGAGACUUUGUUUUAUAUCGGGCUACUGCUAUUGCUCUUCAAUCAUUUUGCAGAGGUUUUCUUGCUCGUCUUUUGUACACAUCAUUACGAGAAGCUUCUGCCAGUCUAGUCAUACAAAAAUAUGUUAGGAGAUGGAUUUUAAAGCAUUCCUAUGUGAAAUUGUAUGCUACCACCUUGGUCAUGCAGUCAAGCAUUCGUGGUUUUAUGUGUCGCCGAAAAUUCUUACAUCAGAAGGAAAAUAAAGCUGCGUCUAUAGUUCAGGCUAAUUGGAGAAUGUGCAAGGUGCGGUCUGCAUUCCAUAACCACCGAUCCAACAUUAUUGCCAUUCAAUGUCUUUGGAGGCAAAAGUUAGCUAGGAGAGAACUCCGAAAGCUUAAACAGGAAGCAAAUGAAGCGGGUGCCUUGCGCCUAGCAAAAACCAAGCUUGAGAAGCAGUUGGAGGAUGUUACAUUGCGAUUUCGCCUGGAGAAGAAAAGUCGGAUCUCUUUUGAAGAAGCGAAAGUGAUGGAAAUAUCAAAACUUAAAAAAACUGUAGAAUCUUUGAGCCUUGAGCUAGAUGCAGCUAGACUCGCUACAGUUAAUGAGAUAAACAAAAGUGCAGUGAUUCAAAGGCAGCUGGAGUUAUCAAUGAAGGAGAAAACUGCUCUAGAAAGAGAAGAAGCUGCAAUUACAGAACUGAAAAAUGAAAAUGCAUUCUUGAAGAAAUCUUUGGCUGCCUUAGAGGAAAGGAACACUACACUUGAAAGAGAACUUGUCAGUGCUAAAGAGGAGGCUAGUGGAACCCUUACAAAGUUGAAGGAUGCUGAAAAUGCUUGUUCACUGCUACAGAGGAACCUAAAAAGUUUGGAAGGCAAUCUUUCAAGUUUAGAGGAUGAAAAUCUCGUGCUCCAUCAAAAAGCGUUGUCAUCUAGGAGUAAUCGUGCUGGCUUUUCUAAGCCUUUUCUUGACAAACUCUCUGGGGCAGUUACUCUUCAUUCUGCUGAUCGAAAAUCUAUAUACGAAACACCUCCGCCAGUAAAACCUAUCACUCUCUUUUCAGAAGGAUUUUCUGAUUCUCGCCGUGGAAAGGUCACCAAUGAGAAGUAUGAAAUCCUUUCACUGUGCAUCAAAGAAAAACUAGGCUUCCAAGAUGGGAAACCAGUGGCUGCCUGUCUUAUAUUUACAUGUCUUCUUCGUUGGCACGCCUUUGAGUCAGAAAAGACUCCUAUUUUUGAAUUCAUUGUCGAGACUAUCAAUGGUGUUUUACAGAUUGAUGAUGACAAUAACUCUAACUUGCCUUACUGGUUAUCCAACACAUCAGCACUUCUAUGUCUUCUUCAAAGGAAUUUACGUGCCAAUGGCUUCUUCAGUGCUUCAUCUCAGCGCUCUGGGGGUGGUUCUGCCUUAAAUGGGAGGUUUGCUCAUGAUGGCAUGUCACACAUGGAAGCUAGAUAUCCGGCCAUAUUGUUUAAGCAACAAUUAACUGCGUCUGUUGAGAAAAUAUUUGGAUUGAUACGGGAUAACUUGAAGAAGGAGAUUUCUCGAUUGUUGGGAUUGUGUAUUCAGGGACCAAAAUUUCAGCGAGUUCAUGGCGGGAAAAUGUCUAGAUCACCUGGAGGUGUAUUUCCGCAGGCACCAAACAAUCCAUGGGACAGCAUCACAAAAUUUCUGGAUGCUUUUGUGAGACACCUGCGUGAUAAUCUUGUGCCUUCAUUUUUCAUCCGCAAGCUCACAACUCUGGUUUUCUCCUUCAUCAACUUCUCAUUGUUUAACAGUCUUUUACUCCGUCGUGAAUGUUGCUCAUUUUCAAAUGGUGAAUAUGUGAAAUCCGGUUUGGCUGAACUAGAGAAAUGGAUAGCCAAUGCCCAGGAGGAGUUUUCUGGCACUUCUUGGCAUGAGCUGAAGUACAUCAGGCAGGCUGUUGGAUUUCUGGUUAUACACCAAAAGCGGAAAAAAUCAUUGGAAGAAAUAAUGCAGGAUCUUUGCCCGGCAUUGACGAUAAGACAAAUCUACCGGAUAAUCACAAUGUACUGGGAUGAUAAAUAUGGGACUCAAAGUGUGUCAAAUGAGGCAAUUAGUCAGAUGAGAGAAAUCUUAAAUAAGGAUUCUCAGAAUUUAACGACAAACUCAUUCUUGUUGGAUGAGGACCCAAGUAUUCCGUUCUCGACUGAAGACAUCUAUAUGGCACUUCCUGAGAUAGACCCUUCCUUGAACGAACUCCCAAAGUUUUUAUCUGAAUUUCCAUCUGUGUUGCUUCAGCUGCAACAGCCAAAAUGAGUACUUCACUUUACCUCUUAGAAAUCCCUUCUUGUAUUUGUAAUAUAACUUGAUGAAGCAGGCAUUCUCUAGACAUAUUGCGUUGACAUUUCUCGUGCACAAAGCAGACCUGCUAUGAGAUUCAGGAAAGUAGAAUGAAAAGAAUAGUUAUUUCAUCCAUUAUGUAUUUAUCUUACGGAAAGUCUUCAGAACCAUAGGCCUAGUUUGCAGGUUCUGCUGGUUGCCUGGUUGUACAGUGUAUAUGCAAUUGCUCCCCUUUUUGAAACAUGUACAGAUGGUAUGAUUAGGCCAGGAUGCUGAUUUGCGAGUUGCGACUCAUGCGCUGCUUUUUUGCUUUUGUUUUAAACCAUCAUUGGUCAGUAAAGGCACUUCAUUUAUUAUGAUUUUUUUGUUCGUGUACGUGAGUUUAUAAGUUGUUUUAAAGCUAUUAGAUUAGGUAAGUGAUGUUUGAAAUCUUUCUUUCUUGAGGUUUCCUAUAUUAUGCGGUGAUGUGUAGCUAUUGUGGUGAUGUGUACUGUGUAUCAUAAGAUGCCGAGAUUAGGGUGC